CUUGUCAUUAUCAUAUGUGUUGGGCUGGUGCGGGCGGAUUAUGAAAUAAAUAUCCUCGAAAAAUAUUAUUUUUAACUUAAUUUAAUAAUGGCUUUGUCGUUCCUCCGCCCUAAUGUAAUCGCACGUCAUGUGAAGAAGCAGUUUUAUCAGAACAAACGAAAUGCGGGUUAUGUUGUCCUGAUUCCCGAAAUUGGCGAAGACGCCGAUAAGAACAUACUGCUUUCAGAAAAUGGAAUACCAGAGUUUAACGAUAUAACCAUUGAGAAAUGCAUCGCUGCUAUCAGCAAACAAAGCUUGGAUUACGAAAAUGGAGUGAAACAAAUUGAGCAAUCGUCUCCAAACUGCAAAAAUGCAUUUGUAGAAAUAUUCCAGCCUUUAGAAAAACUUGACGCACAGCUGGAACUGACAUGGGGAAUGGCAAAAACAUUAUAUCUGGGUAACAGUUCGCUUAUGCCCACAAAAUCAUACAUCCAAAUUCAUGAGAGAGCACACAAAGCCAGAUCAGCUAAGUUUAAUAGUGUAGCCAUUUUCCAAGCCGCUGUGCAAGAGAAAAACCGCUUGAAGAAACUCACAGACGAAGAACAGAGGCUCUUGGACAAAUAUGUUCUAGAAGGUAAACUCAAUGGUUUAGACAUCAAAGGCGCCAAAAGGGAACGCUUAAAUAACCUCCUCUCAUCAUUACAGAAAGAGAGAAACAUGUUUAGAGAUAAAGUUAAUAUUGCAAACAAGGUUUUUGCAAGCACAAUUGAAGAUGGGUCUAUUUUACGGGAGUUCCCUGAAAGUCUGGUUAACGCCAUGUCUGUUGGCAGUGAUCCUUACAAAGGACCCUGGAAAGUAACGUUGCAACCUCAUAUUUAUGAACCGUUCAUGCAAUACUGUCCUGAUAGAGAACUCCGUUGGAACACUUGGCAGGCCUACGUACAGCGGUGCUCCAAUUACGUCAACAAGGAAAUAGAGACAAGUUCAAACUUAGAGAAGAUCCGCAGUCUCCGUCAUGAGCAGGCCAAUAUUCUAGGAUUCGAUUCAUUUGUUGAUAUGAGUAUGGAAACCAAAAUGGCAGGAACAGUAGACAAUGUUUAUAAUGUCCUGGACAGUUUAUUAGAAAGCGCAAAGCCAAUGCAGGAAGUGGAAAUUGAACUGUUACAGAGAUUUGCUAAAGAAAGAGGAUUUGAUUCAAAACUAGCCCAUUGGGAUAUUCCUUACUGGCAAAGGAAGCAAAAGUGGUCAAUGUAUAACUUCGAUGAGGACAAAAUUCGCGAAUACUUCCCACUCCCAAGAGUCAUCACCAGCCUCUUUAACCUUUGCAGCACUUUGUUCAAAAUCCAAAUUGUUGAAAGAACAAAUGUGCAGACUUGGCACAAAGAUGUAAAGUUCUAUGAUGUUUUUGACAGUUCCAGUAAUUCACCUGUUGCUGGGUUUUACCUAGACCCCUACGCGCGUCAGGAUGAGAAGAUCCGUAUCCAUGACGAUGCUGGCUGGCACAUAUCGAUCCGCAACAAGUCUUCUGUAACAGGCACUACUCCUCUGUCAGCAUUGAUAUUCAACUUCCAGGCCCCAACAAAGGGUACCCAGUCGUUACUGACCUUCAAAGAGGUUGGAAUACUGUUCCAAAGGUUUGGACACUCCCUGCGCCACUUACUCACCAAAGCAAACUACUCGGAAGUCGCAGGGUUGUCGAACGUGGAAUGGGAUGCGGCCGAAGUCUGUGGACAAGUCAUGACACAUUGGCUGUACGAUCCCCAUACGAUUCAUGCGAUCAGCGGACAUUACAAAACAGAUGAGCCGCUGCCGGACGAAAUCGUUAAGAAUCUUCAGAACGUAAGAGGCCACAUGUCAGGCUACAACUUGUGUAACGAACUGUACCUUUCCAAGUUAGACUUGGAGUUGCAUUCGAAGAAGACUUUCUGGCGGGAUUUGGUCAGAGACCUGUGGCCGCAGUAUCACGUGUUGCCGUUCGACAAGUACAACUCGCACCCGUUGUCGUUCACGAAAAUAUUUUCGGAGGAGUGGGGUGCCGCUUAUUACUGCCACUUGUGGUCGAAGAUGAUUGCUGCGGACAUUUACAGUGCAUUUGAGGAAGCGAAGCAAGGCGGGGAGGACGUGGUUAGCGUGGGCAAGCGUUACCGGGACACUUUUCUGGCUUACGGAGGCAGUUGUCACCCUAGCGAGGUGUUCCGAAGGUUCCGCGGCCGCGACCCCUCGCCACACGCGCUCCUCAACAACCUCGGCUUGUCCAAGAAGAUAGUUGAAGAAUGAUACCUUAAUUAAAUACCUGUACUGUACUGUAAUAUUAUUCCGAUAUAAAUUAUAAUGUUUCUGUUAUA